AUGAAUUUGAAAGCCAAUAAAAUUUAAAAUGCUAUGCUAAAAAAGUAUCUUUUUAUCACAUAAAUUGAAAUAUUGUUUAAAUAAAUAAAAUUCAAAAAGAGUUUUUUUUUAAGAUAGUAAAUUUAUUUAGAGGUAGUAACGUUAAACAGAAACUAUAAAUAGAGAGACAAGUGUGUAAUGAAAUAAUUUAUGAUUGAUGCAUAAUAAAUAGGUUUUAUAUUAAAAUUUCUACUAUAUUAUAUUAAUUAAUGUUAUUUUAUUAAAUUAGUUGUUAUUUAUUUUUAUAUUUUGAGAUUCUUUAACUAUAGAAAUGAGUGUUGCAUUGAUAUAUAUUAAUUUAUUUAUAAUUAGUUAAUUAGUUAGUUAGUGAGUUAGUUAAUUAUUUUAUUGGGUCACCGCAUAUAUAUUUUGUAUGUUUGUUUCUAUGCUUGUGAUUUCCAAUAAAGUAUGAGAUUGGUUUUUUGUUGUUGUUUUUGUUAAUUAUUUUGUAUUAUAUAGAGUUGA